CGUGGACACACAGCCUAUAUAAUAGAAACUCCCAAGCCCACAUAAUCACAAAUUCACAACCAAACACAAUACCAAAACUGGAAAACAUACAAAUGGCUUCAGCCUUCUUUACUAAAUUAGCUAUGAUCUCGAUUUUCAUGGUCUUGGCUUGUUUAACCGUGCCAUCCUCCGGAAACUUCUACAGAGACGUCGACAUAUCAUGGGGUGAUGGCCGUGGCAAGAUACUCGAAGGCGGACGUGGACUAUCUCUGUCGCUCGACCAAAACUCGGGUUCCGGAUUUCAAUCUAAGAAGGAGUAUUUGUUCGGAAGAUUUGACAUGCAGCUCAAACUCAUCCCGGGGAACUCCGCUGGCACUGUCACCACAUUCUUCUUGUCGUCUCAAGGCGAAGGACAUGACGAGAUAGACUUUGAGUUUCUGGGAAACUCGAGCGGUGAGCCUUAUACGGUGCACACGAACGUGUACUCAAAGGGCAAAGGAGACAAGGAACAACAGUUUCGCCUUUGGUUCGACCCUACUGCCGCAUUUCACACAUACUCCAUCGUCUGGAGUGCUCAGCGCAUAAUAUUCCUGGUGGACAACAGUCCCAUCAGAGUUUUCAACAACCACGAAUGGAGUGGGGUACCUUUCCCCAACAGCAAGGCGAUGAGAGUGUACUGCAGUUUGUGGAAUGCAGACGAGUGGGCUACUCAAGGUGGCCGGGUCAAGACAGACUGGACAAAGGCUCCUUUUGUGGCCUAUUAUAGAAAUUUCAAGAUUGAAAGCGGUCCACAAUUUCAGGCUCAGGAGCUUGAUGUUAAUGGGAGAAAGAGAUUGAGAUGGGUUCAGCAGAGGCACAUGGUCUACAACUAUUGUGCCGAUUAUCAGAGGUUUCCUCAAGGAACUUCUGUCGAGUGCAAGCGCUCGAGGUUCUAAACCUCUGCACGGAUUCUUUUAUUCUUUGCAAAUUCAUUAUUUUGUGUUUGUAAUUCAUUUGUUUGCGCUUGUUUCACCAUUAUUAUUCAUUCAUUACUGAUUUAUUUGAUGUAAAGACAGAAGAAUAAUAUUAUCAGAAUAAAUGAUGGAACCAUGUCCCUUUUUAUUCGAAAAAAUGUGACCAAAUUCGUUCAAGAUGCUAAGUUUAUUGCUCUGGAAAUUCAAAUAUAUAUGCUGAAUACAAGAAUGUCUUGAAGCACCACAUAUACAGUAUCCAAUAACUCCAAACAUGUUAUGACCACUUGGAGGCCU